AGCAAUUUUGUCAUCGAUCAUUAUGGCAGCUGAAGCGGCAAUCUCAUCUGUGGUCGAACUACUGGGCAAUCAGUUGAUUCAGAAGGUUAAAUCCCUGCAAGGCGUCGAGGGAAAGGUGGAGUUGCUGAGAGAGGAGCUGAAGAGGAUGCAAUCCUUUCUCAAAGACGCCAACAAAAAGCAAUUUGAAGACGAGAGCGUGCGUAAUUGGAUCUCGAAUAUCAGAGAGUUGGCUCAAGAUGCCCAAGAUACCAUCGAGAUCUUCCUUCUCAACGUUGAGAGUGCCAAGAAUGGGGGGCUUAUCAAAAGAUGUACAACCUUCCCGAAGCGUAUGCACCACCUCGACAAAAUUGGAGAUGAGAUUGAGUCGAUCCAAGCUAGGCUUGAUGCCAUUGACAAAAGCCGCGAGAGGUACGGGAUCAAGGAUCUCGGAGAGGCAGCUGAGUCGGCAUCGAGAUGGCAAAUUGAAAUGCGGCGGCGGUUGUGUCCUUGGCAAAAGAACGAACACCUUGUGGGCGUUGAAGAUGAUUUGAAAAAGCUGCUGCAGGAAUCAAUUCUGCAUGAGAAGAAAGGGCUUUGCAUUGCGGUUUUAGAGGGUAUGGGCGGGAUCGGGAAAUCUACACUUGCCCGGGAAAUAUACAACCACCCUGACGUCGUUGCUGGUCCAUUCGAACGUCGUGGUUGGGUUGUGGUGUCGAGUGAAUUUACACCACAAGAGACCAUCAAGCAGCUUAUCUUCGAUCUGCCGGGCUCUGACAAACAAAAGGUGCGUGAAUUGGAGGAGACGAUGAAGGACAAUCGAUACCUCCUACAAAAGCUUCAAGAAAUGCUUUACAAGCAAUUGGAGGGAAAAUCAUAUUUGAUAGUUCUGGAUGAUGUGUGGGAGAAGGAACAUUUGGAAUCUCUCAUCACUGCUUUCCCACAUCAACAAGAUAAAGCAAGUAGAUUAUUGGUUACAACUCGCAACAAAAUUAUUACAAAGUAUGAUCAAUAUGUGCACAAGAUGAGUCUCUUAGACCCCGAAAAGAGCUGGGAAUUGUUGUUAAAGAAGGCAUAUAUUGGUUGCACAGUUAGCAAAUGUCCAGAAGAAUUCGAGAGUGUGGGCACACAAAUCUUGGAAAAAUGCCAUGGCAUAAGUUUUGAUGAACAAAUAGAGCGUCAAGAGUUGAUCAUAGUGAGAGCGUCGUUGGAGAAGAUGCAGAAUCUUGUCAUACUUCACAUAUUAGGGUUGUUUGGUUGUCCUACUGACAUAGCAUUAGCUGUGCCGCACCUCGCCAAUCUCACCAAACUUAAACUGUAUAAUCCGAUAUCCAAAUGUCCAACUGUGCGUAUGUUCCCUCCAAAUAUUUCUCACCUCACGUUGAUGAGUUCCGAGUUAGUUGAUGAUCCGAUGGCAGAGCUGGGUAAGCUUCCAAAGUUGUUCUUCCUCAAGAUAGAGAAACAAGCUUACUUGGGUGAAACGAUGCUAGUUUUGUGUGACGGGUUCCCCUGCCUCGAAGCCCUGGUCCUUCGAGAUUUGGAUGAACUGGAGAGCGUCUUCAUAGAAGAAGGUGGAAUGCCGAAGCUCAAACAUCUCCGAAUCCGUGAAUGCCCCAAUCUGAAGACUAGGAAUCUACCGCAACACAUCAACAUAUUUAUUGAAUAG